ACCUCCAUUCGUUUCACUCCAUCUCCCCAAUCUCAGGCUCUCAGCAUCCCGCCAACCACUUAACUUAUCGCGGAUUCCCCAUCUGCGAGACACUCGUUUAUUUCGGAAGCAUUCGAGUCGAAUCGUAGCAGCAUUUACGGAUACCCCUGCUCCAUCCCUGGCCCUGCUCGGCGGACCAUCUUCCACCGAAUGACGGCGUUCGGUUACCCUCCAUCCUCCCACACGGCCGACGAGCUGCGAUUGAGCCCCGCGCUGCGACUGUAACUCGCUCUCCAGCAAUUAUCGCCUACCGUCCGUCGCCUUUGACCUCGAACUGGCCUUGGCUGGCUUCCGUCCCCCGAUCCGAUCCCCAGACAACAACAGACUCGCUCUGUCCACCCCUCUUUGUUGUCCCGACGAGGCUUCCCCCAAGCCGUUUUCGAAUCGCAGCACCCUUCUCCUCGCCUGCCGUCGCUGCGCGGCCUCUCGCGCGAUGGGCAUUGUUAGCAGCAGGCCCGAAGACGGGCCCUCUCUGUAUCUGAGAGACCAGAACCGGCUUUCGAUCACGUCUCUCGUUGUCACAAGCCCGCGCAAGCGAUCAUCUAUUAGCGUCGCUCCCAAUGCCUUCCCCGCCACGAGGCUCUCCGUCUCCCAACUUACUGGCGAUGGCGCGCCUGUUGAGUUUGUUCAGGACCCGGAGACACCUGCCACUGGAGGCCCGCCUGGCUUCCUGCUCAAGCUCACCAACGACGACGAGCUCAUCUUCACAUUCACAUUUGUAAUGCGCCAGUCACAGUCGGCCGUGCAGCCUGGGUCGAUGCCUACGGAUCCCCAGCCUUCAGCAACCGACACGAGCGUAUCUGGUCUGACAUUCGUCUACGGCUCCAGCCCUCGAGAAGUCGAGAAUCUCGUCACACGAGAAUUUCAAGCCGACCCCAAUCUACACAAGAACGCCAACGUCGAACUAGUGGGCGAUUAUACCACCAACGGGAGCCCUUCAGUAUCAUUCGAGUGGACGUGGAAGUGGAAACCGCCCAGAACAACAGAAGAUAGAGGAGGGGGUUGGAGAAACUUUUGCAGUUUUGUGGAGUAUGACUCUCGUGCUCACAGACUGCUUGCUCUUGCAAGCUUCUCCUACUUUGUCGCCGCACCACUACCCAUGUUGAGCCAACCGACUUCUCCCUUACCGUUCGCGCUGUCCUCUCCGCCGAGGAUCCGAGUCGCCUCGGCGCAUUCAGUCGACUCUCGUUUGACUGGCGAGAUAGCGGACGAGCCAGUGUCGCCGCUGGUCGGCGCCCACGAUCAUAGUUUGAUGCUCCCCACAUUCGCUGCAGGUGCAGCAAAGGAACCUGUGAAAGUAGACGUCCCAUGUCCCAAACCAGGCGACGACAUGGCUGUGGGAGACGACGGGCCUGUCUUCCGUGCGACCCUCAAAGCUCUCGAGCAAAAGAAUGGAAAUCUGCGUCUGCAGAUGAAAAAGGUACUGAAAAGGGCGGAACAGGCGCAUUACGCGCAGACCGAGGCAAACGACGCUCUUGCCGCCUUCAUCGACGCUUUACGCGAAGCCUCCGCCACGAACGCCAAUGCUGUGCAACCAGCUGUUGAGCACUACUUUGACAAGAUUGCGCGGGAGAUUCUCUCAUACCAGCGCUCGAACAACAAUAACCUCCAAAGAAUCAUUAUCGAUCCCAUGACAAAGCUUUACCAGGUCGAUAUCAAGCAGGCGGAGGCAAAGCGUCGCGAAUUCGAUGAAGAGAGCAAAGACUAUUACAGUUACAUGUCGCGCUAUCUAGGUCAGCGUCAGGACUCGGUCAAGGCUAAGAAACUCGCCGACAGUGACUCGAAAUAUCAGAGCAAGCGACGGACGUUUGAACUCAAGCGCUUCGAUUACUCCAGCUUCAUGCAGGAUCUUCACGGGGGACGAAAAGAGCAAGAAGUGCUCUCUCAUCUCACCAAAUACGCCGACUCUCAGUCCAAGGGUUUCUUGGAUGCUGCCAAAAAGGUGGAGGCCCUCCUACCAGAGCUCGAGGCAUUGUCGAGCGAAGUCAUGGACGCAGACAAGGAGUACCAGUACCAAAGGCGCGAGCGCGAAGAGAAACGCCGUCUGCUAGAAAAGGGAAACACUCCUUAUCUGGAGCCGUCUGAAGCCACGACAUCCAACACCUACCCGAUCCCGACUGCGGCGAAUGGUACGUCCCACCAGAACAGUGGUAACACCAGUACUUCGGACACAGAGCUGGGUCGCGCAGACAGCACUGGCUCACAAUUGAGGAGCGUGCCCGCUGGUGGCCUUAAUCAUCCCGGCGAUACUUAUGGAGCAGAGUUGUCAAGGUCACCUGGAAGUUUGGGCCAGGGCGCGACGUCGGGCUCUAAAUUCAAGGGGAUACGCGACCUCGAGGAGCGCCACGAGAGCUCCAACGCGGGCGUCACUCAACGCAAGGAAGGACUUCUCUGGGCGCUUGGACGUCCGAGCGGCCAUGUUGACCCUCGCAGUCUUAGUGGACAAGGCUGGCAUAAGUUCUGGAUUGUCCUCGAUCAGGGUAAGCUUUCGGAGUACAGUAAUUGGAAGCAAAGGCUGGAUCUGCAUACCGAGCCAAUUGACCUUCGCAUGGCAUCCGUCCGCGAAGCACGGAACCAGGAGAGAAGGUUCUGCUUCGAAGUCAUUACCCCAAACUCAAAGCGCGUCUACCAAGCCACAUCGGAAGAGGACAUGAACACCUGGAUUGUGUCCAUCAACAAUGCCCUCCAGAGCGCAAUGGAAGGUCGAGGCUACCCUGAUAAACCAGGAAGCGGCGGCAAAUCUGGGGCCGAGUCGUCACUGAGGCGGGACAUUGGUUCUGUCCUUACGGGCAAGUCACAAUCGCUCAGUCACGGUCAUCACCAUGGGCACCACCAGCACUCGAGCUCAAGCAGCGGAAUGCCUGUACGCAGAACCACAGUCGGUGCUAGACCGCAGGCAGUGCGAACCACAAGCUCUGGCUACGAGGAGACCCCCGACAGGCUGCUGAAGAUGGUCCGCGACUGCGAUCAGGGCAACACGUGGUGCGCCGACUGCGGAUCUGGGUCCAAGGUCGAGUGGGUUUCCAUCAACCUCGGCAUCAUCCUGUGCAUCGAGUGCAGCGGCAUUCAUCGGUCGUUGGGGACGCACAUCAGCAAGGUUCGGUCUUUGACCCUGGACAUCAAGUCGUUCACCGUCGAUAUUGUCGAGCUGUUGCUACUGAUUGGCAACCGCGUGUCGAACAUGGUCUGGGAAGCCAAGCUCGAUCAGUCUCAGAAGCCCACAGCGCAGGCGACGCGCGAGCAACGCUUGCGAUUUAUCACGUCCAAGUAUGUCGACCGGGCAUACGUCGAGCCGAUUUCAUCAACCUUGUCACGGUACGGGACGCCGGACGAGACACUUUUGGCCGCCAUCAAGAAGAACGAGAUUCAGCAGGUGCUGUACGCCCUGGCCUUGAGGGCCAAUCCCAACGUCGUGGAUAAGAUGAGAGGGACGCAUGCUGUAUUCCUGGCACUGGCCGCAGCAGAUCCAGCCUCUCCUUCGCCAACGGCACCGCAGAGCACUGCCGACGCCGACUCCAACAAGGUGGUGCCGUUCCCGGUCGCCGAGAUGCUCACGCAAAACGGAGCAGAGAUUCCGGCGACAAUGCCAGCCUUCCCGCUCGGCCGCCAUGCGCAGCUGUACAUUGACCAGAAGAGGGGCAAGUCUAUCGGUGGUCCUCAGGACGCAGUCCCGACACUGCCUCCUAAUGUGAGCGCAAAUGAGAGGCUGCAGCGGGAAAAGGACAUACGCCUGGCCAAGCGGGUGAGCGCUGGUGGGAGGCUCGCCAAGUCACCCAUUCCGGAGAGAUAGGAGUCUAGAUUCUGGGAACGACUGGCUGCGCUCGGCCUGUGUUACCAUCGUUGGGAACUAUCGAGCACGACAGGCGACCCUUCAUUGGGCGGACAUGAUUUUGAGCGUUCCGAAGAACGUAUACGUUUCAACGCGCACAGGCAUAGCUAUUGACUGGUCUUGAGGUCCAGGGGCGUUCCGGAUUAUGAGACUUGAGCGUUUUCGCGAGUUAUAUCUGGCAACCGUCAAGACAUUACAGCACAUGAGUAUUUAAUCGGGUAUGGCGACAGUGUUACCAGCCAGUCCAGCUGGGGGAAGGUUGGAAAGAGGCUACGGGCACCAUGAUGCUGUUUGAUAGUAGUGACUGUAUGGAUAGGAUUAAUGAUAAUGCCGACGAAAUAUCGUUGGUAGUCUAAUAGACU